AUGAGCGCAACGUCCGUCCCCGUUAUUGGACAACAGCUCCCAUCUCAUUCCUCCCGGACCCGCCAUUUUGCAUCUCAUUCUGGUCUAUACCGCCUUUCCCCCUCCCAUUCCGCCCUCUAUCGCCAUUCCACCCCCCCAUUCCGCCCUCUACCGCCUGUCCGCCUCCCAUGCCGCCUCCCAUUCCGCCCGCUACCGCCUUUCCCCCUCCCUUUCUGCCCUCGCAUGUCAUCCCGACUCGCCUACUUCCAAGGGCUGCCUUUCAGCCCAGCAAAACCUCCCUCUCUCGCCACUCCGCUUCCCAUUCCGCACUAUGACGCCAUUUCACCCGUCAUUCCGCCCUCUUCCACCAUCUCCCCCUCCCAUUCCGCCCUCUAUCGCCUUUCCGCCCGUCAUUCCGCCCUCUAUCGCCUUUCCGCCCGUCAUUCCGCCCUCUAUCGCCUUUCCGCCCGUCAUUCCGCCCUCUAUCGCCUUUCCGCCCGUCAUUCCGCCCUCUAUCGCCUUUCCGCCCGUCAUUCCGCCCUCUAUCGCCUUUCCGCCCGUCAUUCCGCCCUCUAUCGCCUUUCCGCCCGUCAUUCCGCCCUCUAUCGCCUUUCCGCCCGUCAUUCCGCCCUCUAUCGCCUUUCCGCCCGUCAUUCCGCCCUCUAUCGCCUUUCCGCCCGUCAUUCCGCCCUCUAUCGCCUUUCCGCCCGUCAUUCCGAGUUCACACUGCACAUCCCUUCUCCCAUGCCGCCAUUCAUCCACUCCUUCCGCACAUCCCUACUAUAA